AUGAACGAGGCGGACGUAGAAGCACUUUCCAGUGGUGAACGAAUGUCUAUGGUGAAAGUAGUGGAUCCAGUUGAUAGGUACACUGCGAUCGCUGUCAGAUUUGCAAAAUUCUCAAACGCUUCGCAAAUUCCUGAAGAUUAUUUGAGAAAAGAAUUAACAAUGAAGGGUAAGGUUAGAGAAAUCGUUCCGGAUGGGAUCCUAAAGAUUGAGCAUGAGCCGUUAAUAAAACUUCCAACAAUUUUGCGACGUCCACUUCAUGUAUUUGCAGGAUUCAUUGAUGUUCGCCUUGCUGGAUUGGAUAUAUCAGCAGCAGGCUUGGAAUAUCUCUCAAAAGAUAUUGGCCUAUUAAAUAAAAACGUUCAGUUCACUGUGAUCAAGCACGGUUCGUCCAACUUUGUAGAUGCUGAAGUUUUGAUUAAAAAGAAUUUCUUUCAUCAAACCAAUUUAAACAUUGAUUUGGUUCGUCGAGGAUACGCUAAAGUAUUGGCUUUAGACCAGAGAGAGCACUAUAAAGCCUUGCAAUCCGUUCCUGCUUAUUCUAGGCUUAUUUCUAAGCUAAUAAUGUCAGAAAAGAUUGCUGAUAUUCGUGGAAUUGGCAUUUGGAAGCGCGACACAUGGGUUGAAUCUCUUGCUGCUUAUCCUUCACAGAUUAUCCAUAUUAUUAAAUUUUCCGCUAUCACACAACUUGCAGUACUACUUUUUAUUAUAGCAAGAGAUAUGUUUUAUGGGCAAUUCGCUAAAUACGUCGAAAAACUAUUUCAAUUAUAUAAUAAUACUAAGAGAAAGCUAAUUAAAUAA